AUGUCAAUUUAUUGUUGUGUAGCGAACCCGAUUCUCUUUCUGAAAGCUCUGGUCAUGGUGGGCUUGGAAAGGGACAGUUGGGUCACCAUCACCUUUAGCAAAAACGAGGUCGAGCUGCACGUUGAGGCGAACAAUCGCAACACCACCGCGACGGCGCUCCUUCCGCGUGGGAUCUUCUCCGAGUACGUGGUGGUGGAGACGCGGCUGUGCGUGCACCUGCACACCCUCCUGGACGCCUUUUUCCUGCUCGGCCUGCCGGCCCUGGGGGCGCCUACUGUGCGGCUCACGCUGGUCCACCCCACCCCUGACGGGCGUCUGCUGGUCGAGCUUGGCGGCUCUCACGACGGGGCCGAGGCCGGCCGGACUCUUCAGUCCCAGCUGCUGACCCGCCCCGUCCGGGCCCGCCCGCUGGAUCUGCGCUUUUCGGACCUCCCCCUCGUCGCGGCGGCGGCCCCCCCCGGGGAGGCCCUGCGGGACGCCCUCCUCGACCUUGCCGCCACGCAGUCCGGCGAGACGACGCUGGCGAUGGGCGGUGCGGAGGGGGUGCGGCUGCGGGGCCGCGGCCCCCACGGCAACGUCGAGAUCGUCCUGCCCUGCCAGGUCGGGAAUGACCUUAAACGCGAGGCCUUCCGGCCCGCAUGGACGCGCGUGCAGACGCUGCAGUUCGCGCUGGCCUGCGGAUGCGGACGCGCCACCUUCGCCCUGGGCGGCGGCGCAGGUGGGUCGGGGCUCUCGGCAUCCCUUGGGGCUUAUGGGUGCGGGGCCGGUCUGGUGGGGAGCGGGGGGGCGGGGUUUGAACAGCUUUCAUUGCAAAUUAACUCGCAGCGACAGCUCAGUGUGGUGCACGAAUCCUCAGAGGGAAUGGCUAAGGUUACGGUGAGGGUUGUUCUUAAUUCACUUCGCAGCUGUGAUGAGUUUUAG